AUUGAAUUCAAUUUAAGUGACGAUCAAAAGAGAAAAUGUGAACAAUUUGUCAACAUUUUUAAGUUCAAUUCAACACAAUUUAAUUAUGGAUUCUGUGAUCAUUUCAAUGAUGGCAAUGGACUCACAGCCGGAAGGAGUCUCUUCACCACUAAAUCUGGUGAUGUCUAUCAUGUGGUCAGAAAAUAUUCAUUUCGAAGACCUUUCAAUCUAUUGGUCCCAUUCCAAGACCAACUCAAAAGACUAGCGGAUAAUAAGAGCAGUGAUGUCCUUAAUUUGAAGGGCUUUCCUAUGGCCUGGAAGUCGAGUGCAAGUGAUCCUGUCUUCAGAAUAAUUCAGGACAGAGUCAACGAUGAGUUGUAUUACCGACCCGCAAUGAGAUUAGCGUUUACUUUGAAUUUGAGAUCAGCCUUAAGUAAAUGUAUUAUUUAUGACACAAUAUCACAACACGGUGUCUAUAAAACAGUUAACACUUUUAAGACAAUUAUUCCUCGAAAUGAGUCCAAAGAAAAGGAUAAAAUGAUUUUACAAACAGAGAAGAUAUGGAUCAGACAUUUCCUCAAAUUAAGACAAAUUCUUUUGGAGGACUACGAGCAUAGAGUCCACACUAAUGAAUGGUUGCACGACAUGGAUAGUGUGGACGGACUAUUGGAUCUGAUAAGUGAAGGGAACUGGCAUUUCAAAGAACCCAUACGUGUGGGCCCUCAACACCAC